CCAUCUCUUCANGAAGCCAAAUUGAAGAAAAUGGAGGAAGAAAUGGAACGAGUUUUCGAGAUGAAAAUAAGAGAAAAAAUGCAAAAAUUGAAGGAUUCCGAAGCCGAACUGGAACGUCGCAACGAGCAGAUGAUUGCUGCUUUAGAAUUUCAAAGAAAGGAUUUGGAGGAAAGACGCCUGAACUUCGAAAAAGAGAAGAAAUUGGAAGAGUCUAAGUCGAUUCAGGACCAUCGGGACAAAAAGGCAGAAAAGAAAAAACAUUUAUUCUAAAGAAAGAAUUCCCAGGCAUCAAAAUUCAAGCAAAAUUUCCUUAGCGAUUUUACAUUUUUUUUAAAAUAUAAUUCUAAAUUAUAUACUCAGUUAAUAUUCUAUGUUAUUUCUCUUACCAAAAUAAAUUAAUUAC